CUCUCCGUGUGACUCGAUAUAAAAGCAUCAAACAUUUGCUUGAUUAGUUUAGUCAACUUGAAACAACCAAACAUCUGUAUCAACACAAAAUUCAAAACAAACAAAAUAAAAAUAAAAAACCAUGAAGUUCAUCAUAUUGACAGUUUUAGUGGUGGCGCUGGCAUCGCAGGUUUAUUGUAAUGUGAAUCGCAAUGUAAACGAAUUAGCUUGCAUCACAGAAACGUCUGUACACAAAGGAUUGGUUGAGCACGCGGCAAACGGUCAAUUCGAAGACGCACGUGAAUUAAAGUGUUAUUUCAAGUGCUACUAUCAAAAUGCCGGAUACAUGAACACCGCCGGUAAAAUUCAGGCUGACACACUGAGAGCAAACAUCCCGGCGGGUAUUAGUAAGAACAUGGCGAACAAAGCGAUCGAUUUGUGUGCAGUUCGCAAAGGAAACGACGCUUGCGAGACUGCAUACGCGGUUCAAAAGUGCCUCGUUGAAAAUAACCUCAAAUAUUAAAUUUUAAGGUUAUAUUAGUCAUUGAGAAGCAAUUAUAGAUAAAUAAAGCUUUAAUAUUCGUUUA